GGGCAGCAGCAACCACACCUGGAAGCGAUUAAAUCACAUCGAGGCAUUUACAAUAGGACCCCUUCCUCCGAUUUUGCGGAAGUAGGAUGGUUUGGAAAAGACCGACAAGUGACGGUGUUUACAACAAUUAUGGCCAGAUUCUGUAAAGUGCAGGUUCUAGCUCCGGUUGUUAUCAAUAUUUUGCUUUGCAAUUUAGCGAUAACGUCAAGUGAAAAUACAGAAAAACAGAAUGUGGAAGAUUUAAUUGCAAGAAUUCUACCUGACAGAACCAAAGAAUUUUCAAUUGUAAUAGAUAAAGAAUACUUUGACGAUGAAAAUGUUGUACAUUUGGAUAGUUUCGAGUUUCAUACAGUCAAUAAAUCUAUUUUGCAAAUAACAGCCACAUCUGGCGUUGCAGCUGCGUGGGGCUUUAACCAUUACCUGAAAUAUUUUUGCAAUGCUCAUAUUUCAUGGAGUGGCAGCCAGCUGAACGUAUCAAAAACAUUACCGGCUGUCUCAAAGCCUGUUAAAGUCAGUUCUCCUAACAGAUAUAGAUACUAUCAAAAUGUCUGUACAUCAAGCUAUUCGUUUGUUUGGUGGAAUUGGUCAAGAUGGGAAAAGGAAAUUGACUGGAUGGCUCUCAAUGGAAUUAAUCUUCCAUUAGCAUUUACUGCACAAGAAGAAAUUUUCAGACGAGUUUACAAGGAGCUUGGUGUUACCCAGAAUGAACUAGAUGAACAUUUUGCAGGUCCAGCAUUUCUUGCCUGGGGAAGAAUGGGAAACAUGAGAGGCUGGGGUGGUCCUUUGCCAUAUCCAUCUUGGUAUAACAACCAGCUUGCACUGCAACAUAAGAUACUGAAGAGAAUGAGAGGUUUUGGAAUGAAACCGGUCCUUCCUGGUUUUGCUGGUCACAUACCACCUGCUAUUAUGAAGCUCCAUCCAGAUGCAAAGAUUAUGAGGCUUGGAGAUUGGGGAAAAUUCAACUCAACAUACUGUUGUACCUAUUUUCUUGACCCAAGUGAUCCGUUGUUCCAUAAAAUAGGUUCUAUGUUCAUCAAUGAACAGAUGAAGGAAUACAAUGGCACUGACCACAUAUACAAUGCUGACUCGUUUAAUGAGAUGACCCCACCUUCAAGUGACCCAGCUUAUCUGGCAUCUUCUAGUCAUUCAGUUUUAGAGGCAAUGCAAGCAGCAGAUCCAGAUGCCAUAUGGCUGAUGCAAGGAUGGCUUUUUCAGGACCGAGCGUUUUGGAAACAAACACAAAUCAAGGCCUUGCUCACAGGUGUUCCUGUAGGUAAAAUGAUCAUAUUGGACCUUUUUGCUGAAGUACAACCUAUAUGGAAGGAAACAGAAAGCUUCUAUGGUCAGCCAUUUAUUUGGUGCAUGCUUCAUAAUUUCGGUGGCAACCUUGGAUUGUACGGGAAGGUCGAGGAGGUGACUAGUGGCUCUAUUGAAGCACAUUCGACGAAAGGUUCAACCAUAAUCGGAACUGGGAUGGCGCCUGAAGGGAUCGAGCAAAACGAUUUUAUAUAUGACCUGAUGUCUGAAAUGGGUUGGCGGUCCACCAAGUUUGACGUGUACGAUUGGACAGAUGCUUACGCCGAGAGACGUUACGGUCUAAAGGACAAACGGACUCAGGCAGCUUGGAAAAUACUUCUUUCCACUGUUUAUAACUGUAGCGAUACCCAUUCUGAUCACAAUCAUGGAAUACCAGUGACAAGACCUACUUCAAUCAAUCUGAAAUAUGCUAUUUGGUAUAACAUCAAGGAUCUUAUCAGUGCCUGGAAGUUACUACUAGAUGCCUCUGACGAGUUUCAGCAGUCUGAAACCUACAGGUACGAUCUUGUUGAUGUUGGCCGUCAAGUUCUUCAAGAUAUAUCAUAUUCAAUUUAUAUGGAUAUUAUUCAAGCUUAUAAAGAUUCUGACCUGGUACAUGCUAGAAAUUCUACAAGUGCCUUGCUCGGAUUGUUGAAUGAUGCGGAUGAGUUGCUGUCUUCUGACAAACACUUCCUACUUGGAAGGUGGCUUGAAAGUGCAAAGAGCCUUGGCAAAACCAGUGCUGAGAAAUCCCUUUACGAAUUUAACGCCAGGAAUCAAAUAACAAUGUGGGGUCCUGAUGAUAAUAUUAAAGAUUACGCGAAUAAAAUGUGGGGUGGGUUGAUGCAUGGGUAUUACCGCAAGAGAUGGGAUAUUUUUUGUGACACCAUUCUUACGACUGUCGCACACAAAUUGCCUAUUGAUAUAAAGAAAUUGACAUCAAAUGUGAAGGAAUUUGAACGCAAUUGGAAUCACAUGUUAGAUUCAUACCCUGUUGAGCCAAGUGGCGAUGUUGUGGCAAUUUCGAAGCAUCUUUAUGCUAAGUAUGGAAACUCUGCUUUUGUUUGGUUACCUCAGCAUACGGAAUACAGAGAUAAUGGAAGCUGGCGAGAAGAUUAUAGUGGAAGAUCGUACAGUAUAUUUUGAUUGAAUUUGAAAAGAUUUGAAUUUAGUAACCCACCCAUUCCUACGAAAUUCCGCUAUUAUUGUUGUUUCCUAGCAUUAAUUUGAAUAAUUUUAUAAAAAUUCAUAUUUUACACAUUAAACAUUUGAUGAAAAGUUAGAUAAAAGACAAUAUACUGUGUAUCUUUCAAUAUAUGUCGACCAACAGUAAAGACGUGGUUGAGUUACAUCAGAAAUUUCAAGUAAGAAAUUUCAAUCGAAUUACAGGAAUGCAAGAAACUGACCUAUUGAGCAGAAUAUUUAUACGAAAAGAAACUGACCUUUUGGACAGAAUAUUUAUACGAAACACGCUUUACCUUCAAAGCCCCGUUUUGGGGGUUGUUUACCUCAUCAUAUUAUCUAUAGAAUCAGGAUUGCUUUUAGGUUACCAGUUUUAGUCUCAUAUUCAAAGAUACACAGUAAUCUAUCAAAAGAUAACUGUAAAAAAUAGAAAUAUGUAAACUAUCAUUCUGAAAAGAAAUAAAGAGUUGUUCACCACCUACUAAUAUUCAUAGAUGCGUGUUGUCAUCUUUUCUUUCUGCUUAAUUGAUAUAUGUUUACUGGCUGAAAUUGGCUGUCGUGUCAUUAGUUGUUAUUAAUUAUUGCUGGACUAAAUUUUUAAACGUUCUAGAAUAUGAAUAUCGUUUGAAAUAUGGCGUUAUCUCCAUUAAACUCAUACUAAAUCCUGUCUUAGUCUUAUUACGCAAAUAAUCUCGUGCCUGAGAACUUUUCGGACCUUUAAAGACCUUAGGAUAUAGAAAACCUUCGCAUUUCGUCAUUUUGUGCAGGUUCACUUGUUGAUGAGAAUUCCUUUUUUGGUGACAGUCGCAACAGCGAAAGGUAAUGAACUAAUGAUGCAAACGACCAGUGAACCAAUCUACCUUGUCGAUGGAAAAGUAACUAGCAGCAUGAGGAGCACUUUGGACCAACAGGCGUUGGACAACAGAUGACGAAUGCUCUGAAAAUGGACUUUUCCAAGUGGCCCUACAUUUCAAGGAAUUUAAAAACAAACUUAUUACUAGCUGCUUUAUUGUUCAUUAUACUGUGGAAGGAUCAAUGUAGUUGCCAACUUGCAGUUGGAACAAUGCAGCGAGUAAAGACCACUAAGAACCCUGCAUUUUUAAAAUGCUUGCGACUUUGUAGAAAGGUCGAAGUGGACUGUUAUUUUGAUUGUGGUAAAAACAACAAUGUAAAGUCACUGGUGAGUUAUGCUAUGUGGAAAAAAUGCACAGAUAGUUGUGAUAGAAACUACAAGGAAUGCAAGGUUCAGGAGGUAAAGCACGGAAAUGAUGCAAAGGGAUGGCAGUGAAUUCGAUCAAAUUAGAGAGAGACAAACAAAGUCGAUCAUAAUUCAAAUGAACUUUGUUUCCUUCAAAUGAAGAUUAUGGCAAUCGUGUAAAAUGAAAGGUAGCAAUAAAAUUGGGCAUCUAAUAUUUUACGGUUUUAUUUAAUCUAAAGUAUUUAUAUUUGGGUUGGUAAAUUCAUAAUGUAUAUUGCUUAGUUUUAUAUUUGGUUUGGGGAAUUCUGCAAAAUGUAUAUCUACAUAAAUUUUAGUUUUUUGCAUGAUUAGUGUAAGUAAAAAAGGUCCUAUGUUUUGUAAAAUAAAGAGAGUGAUCUGUAACAUUUGCCUUAAUCGCUUUAUAAAUGUGUUCUCGGCUUUGGAACAGAGGCAUUCUCCUUUUGAAACAAACGUUCAGGGGAUUUACGCCAUUUGCCCGCCUAAAUAAUUUUCUUAUUGGCUGAUCAAUUAUAUACUAUACACUUUUUUUGAAACGUAUACUUAAUUUCUAUUUUCCCCAUGUUCAUCAAUACUAAUUAUUUUGCCUAUAUCUGGGUGCAGAGUUUCCUUUUGUAAGAGGUUUAAGAAAAAGCACUUCUUUUCAAGCGUGGAAAAGACAAUCGUGGUCAGAGGCAGAACAAUAAGUACCCAACGACUUUUUGCCUGUGGUUUUUAAAUAACUUGUGCACAUGACCAUAUUAAAAAUGUAACUGAUGGGUGAGCCGUAAUUUUCAUUAUACUUUAUUUCAAGACUUUUUCGUUGGAGGAGGGCUCGUUGCGCAUAGCUGACUUUCCUCUCGCGGGACGAACGUCUUAUAUUACUUAUAUGGCAGAUACAAGCUCUAUGUGCUACCGAAACAUACCUUCAAGAUUAUCAAACUAUUUCACCCAGUGGCGGCGCCAGCUACUGCCGAGUGGGAGGGUAAUGGGCGUGGCCAGUGAGACCACGCCCUAAUUGCCUCGUUUCAGUGCUUUGUACCAGGUGAAAUUUCCUUAGGAAAUAUGAUCUACUCCUACCUAGUGCCUUUUAACCCGUUUUUAGAUGAAAUAUGUAGACCAUGUUUCGAAAAAAGUGGGGGGGGGGUAGUUACCCCUACCAUACCACCCCCUGGCGCCGCCACUGAUUUCACCAUGAAAUAUAGAAAAUAAUUACCCUCUUUACAUUCACAAAUAUUGAGGCAAUCAAAAUAAUUAUCCAAAUAAUCUUUUGGUUGUACAAAAAAUGAAAAUGGCUUUGAAAAAAGCUAACAUUUGAGUAAACUAAAGCUUUUUGUCUGCAACUCUUCAGUGUUUAAAACGUCAGAACAUAGUUCGAAAAGUCUACGCUAGAAAAUAUUAGACUGGAGGCAGUAGCGAAACAGAGGCUCAUUGAGUAAGUCUAAGGAAAUAUCACUGAUCUAUAAAAAGACUGGAUCGAGCUUCUAAUGUGACCAGAGUGUCGCCAUUCGAGAAGAGGGCCCCAGAACAGCCCAUGCGAGGAAACAGCCUUCUCUGUCACCCCUAGCAAUGUUUUCAGCUGCUCUGGUUUUGUUCUUUCUCAGCAAUUAUACACACGGCAUUGCAGCUCUCGCGUAUCCAUAUCGUUGAAGUAUUGGUUUUGAGGAAUGGCUUCCCGCUAUUGUUUGGGGCCCUUUUCCUUUGGAAAUUGAAUGGGCUUCCAACUUUGGUGUUUCAAGACAAUGGGAAGCUCGAUCCAGUCUUUUUUAUAGAUCAGUGGAAAAUAUGUAUACCCAAAUCCUAGCUGGCAACCCCGUAUUAUACACCUCUUCAAAAAAUCCCCCAUUCAAAGAUAAAGAUAAACCCUCCACAAUCUCGUACAAAAAAGUAGAUAAAGAUAAUGGCAAACGCAAGAUUUAGAGACAGACUAUGAUACUCUUUUCAUGAUAUUUCAAAUUUCGGGACUCGCGUUUUCCGAAUUCAAAACUUGUUCUUCAAGUUCCGCUUUUAAUUUGCCUGUAUUCUAUUUGGCUGAUUUUUUUUACUUGAACGACUGUCUAAAACUAAUGGAUCCAUUCGUGUAGGGUCAGCAGUUCUAAGGUACUCCUGCGCUUGAUAGAGCAUCAGAUAAUUUCUUUUAUUACCACCAGUAUAUCAAAUAAAUUGUGUUGAAUUUAUUCGACUGGACGAUGCAAUUGAAGUUUGCUGCCAGCACGAUUCAGAUGGAUCCACAAAGACAUCGCUAAAAUGAGAACUUUCACACAGCCUAUAGCAAUUGGUUGAAAACAAAAGCAGAUGUACCCCAAAGGCUCUUUACUAGGACCGUCAUUAUUCAAUACAUUCCUUGAUUAUUUCAUCUACAGGAACAAUUGGGGGUUAUCACAUUUGCCGGCUACAAUAUCAUUUUCUGUUUUGGUACUAGCUCUUAAAAUGUCGUUUCUUCAAAUCCCGAGAAAAAACUGAAAUUUUACCAAUAUUAACAAAAAGAGCUCUUGAACAUUGUGACUAGAGAUGAUCCAUAUAUAACUUUUGUAGGAUAACUCAUGUCUAGAUGUAGGGAACAAACAACACCCACUAAAAGGGGGAGGAACAAUGGCAAAAUAGACCCUAUUUCACCUACUGCUUUAAUAAAGUCAUCCUCUAAAUCAAUUCGGUGCUGGAGAGUUCUGGAGCCAUAAAGGACAGCUGGGUAGAUAACGUCACCUGAUAGCAAAUGGGUAUUCGGGUAUCUCGAAUUUUCGCUGCCGGCUAAAAACCAGCAAAGAUACGAAUUAUUAUGAAGCAAGAAAGAAAACAACUGUAGAGAGAUGUUUGAUAAUUCUUGACCUUCGACCAAAAGAGUGUACCUUGCUCCAAACACAGUUGAGGAAAGUAACAAGAUUUGAUGAGGUCUUUUUGAGCUUUGUGAUCCGUAUUUUGUUGCCAGUAUCAUGGCAAUGAUUUGCAAGCAUAAUAAAUUCUAUCAGUGAAGGGUACUGUACUGUGCCCCCUUUAUGGGGUUUUAAUAUAUAUUCCUGUCCCCUUGGGUACUUGAGUUGUAUUAGUGAUAGAUCUAGUUUUAAUGCUAGUUAAAUGCAGUGUCUAGGGCUGCAGGUAUGUCUUAUAUGCAAAGGUAGCUCGCUUCUACGGGUGUUUAGGGGGAAUAGGCCAGAACCGAAUAUUUCUGGAAAAUUACUGUGCAACAGUUAAAUGGCACAGAAUCUUGCCAUACUUCCCUGAGACAUCAAAAUUGCUAGGCAAAGCGGCAAAGUUCUCUAUAAAGUACAUUUCGAACUUACCUCAGGAAAAAUUUACAGAUUGCAUUCACGCGAAAGGAAUAAGACUGGUGCGAUUAUUCAAGCUUGUUAACGACAACCUGUAUCACUAAUUAGGGUUCACACAACAAGCUCAUUAUAUUUGUUCAACAAACACUCAGUGAGAAAAACAGACUUCGGUUACAAAUUACUUCUCGCUGUCAGUUUCAUGCCCCUAGCAGCUUCUAGGAACAGUACCUUUCACAUCACAGUGUAAAAAACUGAAACUUUUAAGGUUAUAAAAAUAAAUUGGAGAUUCCCUUUUGAGGCAGGGCUGUUACUUCCUGUAGUGAGGGCAAAAUCCACCGUAUGCAUAUCCCUGCCGUACAAUCAAAAUUUGAGUAAGCUGAUUGGUUCAAAAAUUUUAUAGUAUUGCAUUAAACAAAUUUAAUGCAUACUUACUAGAGUUAUUCACAAACAUCAGAAAGAUGUAUCUUCUAUUCAUUAAACUUAUCCUUAUCAACAUGUUCGUGCUACUUUGUUAUGCACGUGUACUAUGAUUCAUUGCGUGUCCCCUUCCAAAACAUGGGACAAGACCGUACUCCUUUCCAUGUUUAAAAUUUUCUCAUUAGUUCUUAGAGUUUUGACCUUUUUUAACUAGAAUUUUAAAACUCUCGAUGACUUUAUUGGAAGGUGAGAGCGCAACCACUGUAUGAGCCAAAAAUCUCAACCAACAAAGAACUAAAGCUAGUACAUUAGGCUUUCACUUAAUCACCUUAGGAAAUUUUAUUGAAACCUUCAGAAAGAAUCUAUGUUUCUUGGAGACAAAAGCAAAUCUCUCUCUUUAUACUUCCAAAGAUUAAAAAGACUUAAUUAAAGUUGCUUCAUAUCACCAGCUACUGUGCGCUUGAAACUGACCUUCCAACGGAAAAGAAGCAACAAAAACCCUGUUAUGGUCAAUUUCACGCUAGAAAUAAUAAAAAACCUUUGCAGAAAAGACAACACAGAAAGACUUGCAGCUGACUACCUUUUCGUUUUAUCCUUCUUACAUUAUUAAUGACAUUGAGACGAAACUUCAAUGUUAGCUACUGGAAACGUAUGCUUGCAGUGUUGAAGAAAACUGAGUGGAUGUGUGAAGCAUUUUACUUAUCUAAACAUUGUUUCGUGUUUCGCAGAUAUCUUACGCUAAAAUUUAAACUGUUUUUAAAAAUUCACGAUCAAAAACAUAAGGGGUAUAAAACAUGGACUCUUCGCCACUACAAACAUACGAACGAGUUUUUGAUGUGUCAUUUCAGCAACAGCAUGCUUACAUCGUGAGUUCCUAAAAUGGAAAUAAAAACAAUUUAAAGCUGCAUGCAUAAAUUAACAGAGAAAACCCACUAACGCUAGACUGAUGGCAGUGCGUGGUUACAAUAUUUUGACUUGCUUCGUAUUUUGAUGGUACAGUUAUUCAAAAUUAACUACUUAAAUACACAGGUGAAAGAAAAAAGCUAGUAAUCUACAACGUGGCGCCACAACAUAAAAAAGACAAACCUAAACAAUUUAGCAAAAUGCAUGCUUAAUUAAUGUUGAUUAAAAUCUUAUUGCUUAUUUUCAUUCAUAUGAAUUACUGAUGACCUUGAAAUGCCAGGCUUCUUCGUGCCAGGCAAGGCUUUGAAUAAGGCUGAUCAUUGGCGAGAGUUCAAUGGAUAGUACAAACUGAUCACAAACAUACCAUAAUAGCAUUGACGAUGUCAUUAUCGUUCUUCUUCAGAGCUUUAAUGGCUUUGUUUCUCGAAACACCUGCUUGGGUCAUAACAAGUUCAAUUUCUUUUUCUUCCACUCCAGUUGCAUCGACUUCUUCCUCAUCUGAUUCUUCGUUAUCAAGCUGUUGGGGUUUGUUGUCAGCUAAAGCUGUAGCUGGCUCUGGAGCUUUGAA